CUACUCUUUAUGUGAAAAAGAAGAAUGGAGUACUUGUUAUAGUCUCCAUAUAUGUUGAUGAUUUGCUGGUCACAGGAAAUGAUGAAGCUGCUUUGAAUCAGUUCAAGAUUGACAUGCUGCAGAUUUUUGACAUGAAUGAUCUAGGCAAAAUGACAUAUUUUCUUGGUAUGGAGAUUGAUCAGUCCAGCAAAGGCAUUUUUAUUUGCCAAAGAAAUUUUACGGGUGAGAUUUUGAGCAAAUUUGCUAUGUCAAACUGCAUGCCAAUUAGGGUAUAUAGAAGUAUGAUUGGCAGCCUUCUAUAUUUAUCUGCUACCAGACCUGAUAUAAUGCAUGUUGUUAGUUUGCUUUUAAGGUUUAUGCAUUCACCUACUGAAGUUCAUCUCAAGGGUGUUAAAAGAAUAUUCAGAUAUUUGAAGGCAACUGCUGGUUUUGGUGUUUUCUAUCCUAGAGCUGAGAAAAUUAAGUUACUUGGCUUUUGUGACAGUGAUUGGGCAGGGUCUGAGGAUGAUAUGAAAAGCACCACUGGUUUUUGUUUCACUCUCGGAUCAGGUGUUAUAAGCUGGUGUUCUCAAAAGCAAAAUGCACUUGCACAUUCCACUGCAGAAGCUGAAUAUAUAGCUGCUGCAACUGCUGUGGAUCAGGCUAUUUGGUUAAGAAAAUUGUUGGUUGAUGUUCAUCAUGCUCAAUCCAAUCCUACUGAAAUGUUGUGUGAUAGCAAAGCUGCAGUUGCUAUUGCUAAAAAUCCAGUCUUUCAUGGAAAGACAAAACAUUUUAAAUUAAAGUAUCAUAUUGUUAGAGUUGCAGAAAAUGAUGGUGAUAUUGUUAUGGUGCACUGUUCCUCUGAAGAAAAUGUUGCUGAUAUUUUCACUAAGGGCUUACAGAAGAUCAGAUUUGAAGCUCUUAGAAACAAGCUUGGCGUUUGCAGCCUGGAUGCCAAGGAGGAGUGUUGAAUAAAGUUCAGAUUUUUGUAGUUUUCGAAGCACUGUGCCACCACAUGCUGCAACAAUUCAGUGUCUGACUUUUUUGAUGUAAUUUAACCUUUGGUUAGGUAGCUUUUUGUUAACCUUCUGUCAGUAUAAACACUUGAGUAGGGGCUAAAAUUAAGCUACUUGUAGUUU